AUGGGCGAGGGAGCGGAGGAAAUGUCGACGGGGCUGUCGGACGUGGAAGCGAAAGCAUUGCCAGAAAUGUUGGGGAUUAAAUCGAAGAGAUAUUUGUCGCAUCAGCAUGGUUCGCCAUGUCCCCCUUUUUACCCACAUUUUGGAAUGCACACGAGAAUGCACGACACGAGACCGUACGGGCCACCGGCGUACCCGAAGAACGAAAUCCAUCCAGUGAUGCAUCACGCCCCGAAGGAGCUUCAAUACGUUCACCAACCGAGCUACACCUCAUACGUGCCAAAGCAGACGAUUCAAUACGUCAAGCCAGAGUACAAGGCGCCAGUUUAUCAAAGUCCAAUUUACCAUGCUCCAGUAAUAGCCCCGAUCGAUGUUAAGCCAGCUCAUCCCGUGAUUAAGCAGGAGCAACCAAGUUAUUAUCAUCAUUAUCAGCAGCCAAUAUUCCAAGCGAAAACUUACCCGAAGCCAGUCUUCUCAUACGCGCCAGCUUACCACAAGCCAAUGCCGAUGAUCUGGCCUGCGACUCCGGUGAAAAAAUACGAGUACCCAGCCCCCCAGAUCCCUUAUCAUGAGCCAAGCAUUGUGUACAAACCUGAGCCACCGAAAUGUGCGCCCUGCCCACCGGCUCACGUCCCCCCGCCCCAGCAUCAUCCGCCAUCUUUGUCCUACUUGAAAGUCAUUCAGCCUGCUGUCGUCCACCACGUGGAACCAGCCAAAACUUAUCUGCCGGCUCCGGUUCAUCCGAGCGUCGUUAAGCCCUGCGACAAGUAG